UCUGCCUGCACCACCUCGGCGGCAACUCGCACCAGAUGCGCAAGACGCUGCAGCCGUACUUUGACGAGCUGGCUGCCGCGUGUCCCGACCUCUGCUUCGAGCCGUGGUACGCCGACGGGCCAUUUCUGCUCCCGACGGCCCUGAACGGUGGUCUGGCGCGCGGAGGCCUGUCACAUCGCACCAGCACUGGCCAGGGAGCAACAAGGCAGACCGCGGGCGAGGCAGCCGAAGCGGCCCUCACCUACGUCUCGCUGAAGCGCGCCGUCGAUGCCGAGGAACACAGCGAGAGACUGCGUCCCUACAAGUACAAGCGAUCGACAGGGGAUGUCAGCGAACAGGCGCUAGCUCGCCUCGAUGCGGCCAUUGAGAAGAACCGCAGUGGUGGACUACUUCAGCGAGCCAGCGAGAUCCUGGACAGCAAAGCGAGUGCAGAGAGGAGGGAAUAAUCUAAUCACCCACUUGGUUGAUCGCCUUGACAUUCACUUUGCCUCCACUGUCUGGCACAAGACCAAGACCAAUCGUGACAGCAGUGCCAAUGCAGUGCUGAGCUCCCCAACCGCUAUUUCAUCAACCAGGCACAUGUCAGGAAUGAGGAUGGCCAGUAUGCAAUGUACUGUACUACAACGUCAG